CUCUGACGUCACUGCCUGUUCCUCUCCCAGAUUUGGGAGAAAAAAAAGUUGUUUCACUUUAAGUGGGAUCUGAAACCCAGAUUUCAUAGAAAGCGAGGUGUCCAUGUGCAUCUAAUCAGGCCUUGUCCAGAAGACAGAAGACAGUGCAGGAUUGUUGCUGAAGACCUGAGCCACUGAAUUCAUUCAUCUUUUAUAGUUAGUUGCUGGUGACUCAUCGCUGUCCAUCAAAGAAAAGUCCUAACCAUGUGGAGUGGCCAGAACAAUGGUAGCCAGCACGGUCAUGUGACUGCCAGAAUGGAGACCAGUUUGCCAAUGGGAACCCCCAGCAUCUCGGUAUCGCAGCACCAGUCUCCUAAAAAAUUUGCUCCUGUCGUGGCACCCAAACCCAAGUUCAACCCAUACAAGCCGCCGGGGGACACGACACACGACAUUGCAGGUGAUUACCCUCCACCACCUCCCCCUGUAGUGGACACCAGCGGAUUGCCAUCUUCUUCAUCCCUCCCUCCACCUCCACUGAUGGAUGAGAGCGCCUUUGGAUUUCAGAUCAAAGGACCGGAGAAGACCCUCGAGGAGAGACGCUCCAGCCUGGAUGCUGAGAUCGACUCUUUGACCAGUAUUUUGAACGAUCUGGAGAGCAGCUCACCGUAUAAGAGUCGCACCCCACAGCAUUCUGCCACCCUACCGGCAAUGAGCCCCACCGCUCCUGUUACAGGCUACAAGCGCAUGGUUAUCCCCACCCAACCACCUCUGACUGCCACCAAAAAGUCCACUCCCAAGCCUCAGGCACCUCCAUCUGCUGCUCCAGCCUCCUCUCCAUCUCCUUCCUCACGGCCUCAGCAGCCAGUUCCUGCCUCCUACAGUACGGCUUCUACCCCCAGUCAGCCCACGUUCAGUGUGCAGGCACGAGCAGCUCAGCCUGGCCCUCAGCAGCAGCAGCAGCAGCAGCCUGGCCGAGCCACGUAUGCACAGGGGCAAUACACACCGGCCCAGCCUCGAGGCCCCGACUUUGCAUACGGGCCUCCACAGCCCACUUUCUCCCCAGCUGGAGGGUACCAUGAGCAACACUAUGGUGGGGCUCCAGCCCAUGGAAGCCAGAACACUUGGAGAGCUGAGCCAAGCCACCAUGCUGUACAACCACACAAUCAGAGCUACCAGCCUUCUGCCCCAAAGAAGACCUACAUCACCGAUUCUCCUGCCAGCAUGGCACCUUAUGGAGCAGGAGCCAUUGGAGCUCAGAAGACACCAGGUCAGUCCACUGCUCACCCUGAGGAAGAGUUGGACCGACUGACCAAGAAGAUGCUAUAUGACAUGAACCACCCACCAUCAGAGGAAUACUUCGGUCGCUGUGCGAGCUGUGGUGAGAAUGUGGUUGGUGAAGGCACUGGCUGCACUGCCAUGGAUCAGGUCUUCCAUGUGGACUGCUUUGUGUGCAUGACCUGCAGCUGCAAGCUGAGAGGCAAACCCUUCUACGCUGUGGACAAGAAGGCUUACUGUGAGCCGUGCUACAUUAACACCUUGGAGACCUGUAACAUCUGCAGUAAGCCCAUCAUGGAGCGGAUUCUACGGGCGACAGGCAAAGCUUAUCACCCGCACUGCUUUACCUGUGUGGUCUGCCACCGGAGCCUGGAUGGCAUCCCUUUCACCGUGGACGCCUCCAACCACAUCCACUGCAUCGAGGACUUCCACAAGAAGUUUGCCCCUCGUUGCUCUGUGUGUAAAGAGCCCAUAAUGCCUGCUCCUGGCCAGGAGGAGACGGUGCGCAUUGUGGCCCUGGACCGGGAUUUCCAUGUGCAGUGUUACCGCUGUGAGGACUGUGGCUGUCUGCUCUCUGAGGGUGAUAAUCAGGGCUGUUACCCACUUGAUGGUCAUGUUCUCUGCAAGAACUGCAACACCAGCCGCAUCCAGGCCCUCACUGCCAAGGCCACCACCGACCUCUGAGUCUGUUCUAUUCUCUCACACACACACACACACACACACACACACACACAUACACACGUACACACGUACACACACACCAAUAUAUAUACUUCUAACACAUCAGAUACAAUACGGCUGCGUUUAGAAAUGUCCUCAUGCUUGAAAUUUGUGCACACACACUCACACACACAUACACACACACACACACACACACACACAGACAAGCACGCAGUUCAUAAUGAUCACAUUGUGCACGUUUGUUGCAGUCGGGCUAAAAACAUUUUAUCCUUGCUACUUGUACGAAUGCUAAUAAAAAACCAACAAUUAAUAAUUGUUCGAAACUUUAAGGGUACCAUUAGUAGAACGACCCAGAAGUACUUGAGAAAGAAGUACAUGUGGAUAGUUAUGAUGAUGAAUUGUAGAUGGUGAACUAUUGCACGAUUAGAGUGGUCUCUCAGUUAGGAAACUCCCGUGCGUUGUAUCUCUUGGCAUAUCUCCCAUAUGGCCAGUGGUCCAAGAGCAAAAUGAGAUGGGGACAAACGUGUAGUAAAUAACAUUUGGUUUCCAGGUUCCCACAGAUUUGAGGCAUCUAUGUCCCCUGACAGAGUUAUUUCAGCCAUAACUCUGUUUAAAAAUCCAGCUUAGUCAGUUGAUGAUGAGCUAUAACGUUAUUCGGUGUCAUGAUCCUAUAUGUGCGUUGUCUUUAGGUGUGAAAACAGCACCAGAUCCACUUAUUCAUUAGGAUUUUCUGACAAUCAGUGGCCUUGCUUACAUCAUUCAUAUUAUAUGUAUGUAUGUAUACAUUUGAUUCACAAAAACAUGAUACACAUGGUGAUGGGGCCAAACAUAUGCAUGUAUGAUUACACACAAACACACAACUUAGGGAAAAAAUGCUCUUAUUUCUUCAACUGGCCUUAUAAAAUAUAUUAAAGGGCUCUUCGGGGUUAUUACUUAGGUGAAUAAUAUGCAAACAGAGUUUAAACGUGUACAUGAUAUUACAGCUCUAGUUCCAGGUGUAUCGAGGAGGUGAAGUUGAAUUGUAGUUGUGUAGUUGUUACAUAAAUGUCAGUGCAUGGAGAGACAAAAUCCAUCAGUCAUACAAACACAAAUAGGAUUUGACAGUAUUUCUUGAAAAUCAAAAAAUCUGCAAGACUUUGAUUCACGCGACUCCCACUGGAGCGACGUUUACAUUAUUUGACGACGUGUGUAUAUAUUUACAUACUUAUGCAGUUCAUAGAGAGGUUUAUUAUAUGGAAUAGGACUGUGAACCCAAACCUAUAUUACCAAAGUCUGAGUAAUGCUGCAGUGCACUGCUGCUUCCUCCUAUUAUCCAGUAUACUGCUUUUCACUUAGCACAAUUAUUGUAUUUAUAUGCAUAUCAUGAAAGAAGGCGUUUAAUGCAAUGUAGUUGCUGUCCUUUUUGGUAUCUUUCUGAGAAAAUAAAGGCAGCAUGAAGUGCCUUUUUUUUGUUAAUACAGUCCGUGGCAUGAGAAACACUCAACUCAAAUCAGUUAUGAUGUGACAAUCAAACACAGAGGAGAAAAUGAUAAUAAUAUAAAAUUGAAUGAAAUUAAACCUUAGAAGAAGAUUAUAACCAGCAUAGAAUAAAAAAGAAACAAUUUUUUGUAUGCUCUUAUAAAUGAGCAUUAUUUCUAAUAAUGUCAACUUGUGAAAUGUAGUAUUAGACCUAAAUAGCAAAGAAAGUAUUGUAAUGAUUAGUGGGGGGAAAAACUUAUAGCGAUGGGAUUUAUUUCUUAGCUUUAUACAAGAAUAAUAACAAUAUGCAAUUUCCUUUUUAUUAUUGCAUUGACACUUUAUAUAAAAUAAUAUGCAGACCUUAACUUUUUUUUUUUACUUUUACUUUUUUUUUUUUUCUUUUUUUUAACUCUUCAGGAAAUAUUUGAAUUGUGAUUACAUUACACCUCUCCUCGCUGUGUGCUUUUUUCUGUUCAGUUUCAUCAUCCUGCUCUUAAGGUGUUAAGAUGUAGAGAGGUGAUUAUUCUUUACUUAGCAAAGGCACGGGUGUUCUCUGUAUUCUGUUCUUGCGCUCUUUUUGCUAAAAUGUAAUACUGCUUACAGGCUUUUACCGAUUCUUUAUAUUUUUAACUAUUUUGUUUCAUUAGUGAGGAAAAAACAAGGGAAUUUACGGAUGUAAAAACAGUAAGCAAUUGAACAUUGGGGUAAAAUGUACUAUGUUUGCUCAGGGUGGCCUCAGAUGGGUUUGUUUAGUCUGGUGUUCAUAGAAUGGACCAUAAAUUUACAGUAGCUUAAAUGUUCAAGAGUUCUGAAUUUGUUAAGGAGUCUUACUAGUGUGAUUGGAGUGAUUCCUUGUGUGUGUUGGGGGGGCGGUGCUGGGUUAGGAUAUAACAGGGGAAAGGAAUUUUGACUUUUUUUUUGAAUAAUGACUUUUUCAACACGAUUAAUUAGAAAUCCUCAAUAAUGUUUUAUGUAAAUUUUUCAUUUGUAUUUGCAAUUACUCAUUCCUCAUACUGUCUCUGUAUUAUUUCCUCUAGCUUUAAUAAAACUUUUUGCAUACGA